AUGUCCGACGUUCAAGAUUAUGGAUCAAGUCCCUCUCAACUCUAUGGGACAUUUACAUGGAAGGUUAAGAAGUUUGCACAAAUUAAUGAGCGAGAGAUCCAUAGCAAUGUUUAUGAAAUUGGUGGACACAGAUGGUAUUUGUUAAUUUAUCCACGAGGGUAUGAUGUUAACAACCAUGUCUCUGUCUUUCUCUGUGUUGCAAACAAAGAUAAACUUCUUCCAGGUUGGAGUCAUUUAGCUAUGUUUACUGUAUCUGUGGAGAAUAAAGAUCCAAAGAAGUCGAAGUCUUCAGAUACGGUACACCAGUUUUGGAAGAAAUAGCAUGAUUGUGGAUGGAAAGAGUUUAUUGAGUUACCUAAAUUACAAGAUGGAUUCAUAGAUAAGUCCGGCGACCUUGUAUUUAAAGCUCAAGUUCAAGUAAUUAGAGAGUGUGUGAACCGACCUUUCCCUUGCAUUGAUGAUCACUAUAGGAAAGAACUUGUAACGAUUUUUUCGAAAGAAGUAGAAGCAAAGUUCCGGAUAUUUGUGGAAGAGAAAAGAAGCAAGUUUGUGAAGCUCUUUGAAGACAAAAAGAGAUGGAAGAGCUUAUGUGCCUUUUGGAUAAAGAUGAAACCAAAUUCGAGGCUCGAGAUGUCUCAAGAGAAAAUGGAUGUGAUUCUAAAACUAGUUCUUGAACACUUCUUCAUCAAGAAUCAAGUUGUAUCCACGUUGGUGAUGGAAUUCUUGUUUUAUGGGUUAAAGUCUCUUGAAGAGAGAAGGGAAAAUUUGGAAAGACUUGCAAAGGCGGUUGCGAGAGAAUUGGCCAGCACUUCGAUUGCUUAUGUGGAAAAAGAUAUGUUUAUUGUUGAAGAUCCGAUGUUACUUCUAAAGAGACUUGCUCUUGCGCAGUUUAGGAGUGUUGGAACACAAAAUGAUUUGGAGCACUAUGAGCAGCCAUCAUUAGCUGAUCUUCAUAGAUUGGUUUUUGAGCUUAGGAGUGUUGGAACACAAAAUGCUCUAGAGCAAGAUGAGAAGCAAUUAGCUGAUCUUGGUAGAUGGGCUUUGGGGUUACCAAAUAUAGGACAUGUUCCACCUGUGAAAAGCAACGUUGCUUUCGUGCUUGGCUUCCAAAGUCCAAAGUUCAAACGUUAA